UUAGCUCCAGCUACCAGCCGAAAACGUCAGGAACGAGCUCACCAGACUGAGACGGCGAGCCGGCUAGAGCGGAUAGGGCCGUACUGCCGCUCUAGUUUUUCUUUUGCUCUCUAUGAUUAGGAGCGCAGGCCUCUCUUCGGCCCCGCAAGAUUUUCGUUCCUGAAUGCUUACGCAAGUCUCGGAGGUAGUUCCGGUUCCGGCGUGGCCAUUUUCGUUGCUGGUGUUAAGUUGCGGCGGUUGCUGGUCAGUAACAGCCAAGAUGCUGCGGAAUCUGCUGGCUCUCCGUCAGAUUGGACAGAGAACCAUAAGCACUACUUCCCGCAGACAUUUACAAAAUAAAGUUCCAGAGAAACAAAAACUGUUCCAGGAGGAUGAUGGAAUUCCACUGUAUCUAAAGGGUGGGAUAGCUGAUGUCCUCCUGUAUAGAGCCACCAUGGUUCUUGGAGUUGGUGGAACAGCAUAUGCCUUGUAUCAGCUGGCUGUGGCUGCAUUUCCCAAGAAGCAGGAGUGACUUCGAUCAUCCCAGCAAUCACUUGGUUCAGUUUCAUUCCGCUCUCUAUGGACCAGUAAUCUGAUAACCGAGCUCUUCUCUGGGGAUCAAUAUUUAUUGACUUGUAGUAACUGCCGCCAAUAAAGCAGUCUUUACCAUG